UCCUGAACCCCACAACGCGCAUCUUGUCAAUUGUCAUUUGCACAAUGCUGGAAUUAACCUCACUUUCAUAAUUUUCAAUAAAAGCAAUUUUUAACGUAUUUAGCAAUGACUUCAACGGGAGUCUUCAGAUUACUAACAGUUUGCAGGCAACAAACACUAAAAUUUCAGCCCAACUUUCCAAAAUGCAAUUAUGCUAAAAAGGACACUGGAAGUGUUAGUAUGAUAGGAGGAGCUUUAAAAAAGAAAAAACUAGGUAAAAUCGGCCCCGUUGUAGAAAAAAAAGUAUUGCCUGUGGAGACAGAUCCUGAAAAAUUAGUCAAGUUUGUAUGUGGUUCCAACAUUUAUACAACAGGUCAAGAUGUUGAAAUAAAACCAGAUAGUGAAUAUCCGGAGUGGUUGUGGAAGGUGCGAACGGGACCCCCUCCGCCACUAGAAGAACUCGAUCCAGAAUCAAAGCGUUAUUGGCAAAGAAUAAAAAAGACGGCUUUAAAAAGAUAUAAUAAAUUAGACCAACUUAAAAGGUUUUAAUGUUUAAUGUGCACAUAUUGUUAGGUAAAAGUAAUAAAUUUUUCUAAUUGAAAA